ACUUGAUAUAAAUAUCUUCAAAUUUGAUUAUUGUGAAUAGUGAAGAUGCCGCAGGCAGGAAAAGGAUAUAAGGAAAGGGAUAACCUGUACAGGCUGAUUAUAAGCCAGUUGUUUUAUGAUGGAUAUCAAACUUUAGCAGUGAGUUUGUCAAAUUUGCUCAAAACUCAACCUCCAUGUCCACCAUCUGAUCGUCUGCUAGAAAUUGUUACUCUUGGUUUAAGGACCGAAUUAGAGCACAAAGAACAUGAUUCCAUGCGAGCAGAUACAGUCAAUGUUGGCAUUGGUAUUGAUCUUGAAUAUGCAACGGAAGCUCCUUCUUUAGCUCCAGAACCAGCUUUAUAUGAAACUUGUUAUGUUACUUCUCACAAAGCUCAGUGUCGUGCUGGAGCCUUCAGCAGUGAUGGUCAACUGGUCGCUACUGGUUCUCAUGAUGCAUCUAUCAAAAUCUUAGAUGUUGAUCGCAUGCUUGCAAAAAGUGCUACUCCUGCAGAGGUGACAGCUCAAGAAACUGCUCAGCAGAAUAUGGAAACACAUCCUGUUAUUCGUACUUUGUAUGAUCACAUAGAAGAAGUCACCUGCCUGGAAUUUCAUCCCACUGAGCAGAUUUUGGUAUCGGGGAGCAGAGACUACACAGUAAAGUUUUUUGACUACUCGAAACCUUCAGUAAAGAGAGCUUUUCGAACAAUACAUGAAGCUGAAAUGGUCAGAUGUUUAGCAUUGCAUCCAUCUGGGGAUUUUAUUUUGGUGGGCACUCAACAUCCUGUGCUGCGUCUGUAUGAUGUUAGAACUAGUCAGUGUUUUGUGAGUGAUCAGCCAGGAGAUCAGCAUAAGGGUCCCAUCACAAUGAUUAAGUACAGUCCAAAUGCAAACAUCUAUGCAACUUGUUCCAAAGAUGGGGAUAUCAAGCUCUGGGAUGGUGUCAGCAAUCGCUGUUUCAAUACAUUUCCUACAGCUCAUGAGGCUACAGAAGUGUGCUCUUUACAGUGGUCACGAAAUUCCAAAUACUUGUUGAGCAGUGGUAAAGAUUCUCUUGUAAGGCUUUGGGAAUUAUCAAUGGCUCGCUGUUUAAUAGCUUACACAGGAGCAGGUGCUAGUGGAAAACAAGUUCAUCGUAGUCAAGCUGUAUUUAAUCACACAGAAGAUUAUGUUCUUUUUCCUGACGAAAAAACGACAAGUUUAUGCAGUUGGGAUGCACGAAAUGCAGAACGUCAGCGCCUGCUCUCUCUUGGUCACAAUAACAAUGUGCGCUACAUUGUGCAUUCUCCCACUGGACCAGCUUUUGUGACCUGCAGUGAUGACUUUAGAGCAAGGUUUUGGUACAGACGAACUGAAUCUGGGGAGUAAAUAUGUUCAAUUUCAAAAGAUUUGCAUUAGACUCUCAUGUGUAACCUUCCAAGAAUAAAUGUUUUACACUUUGCAACUUUUCUUGGAAUUGAUUUUAUCGUAAACAUAUGAAAUUAUUUUAUUGCUAUGUACUGACAAAAUUCAAACAUAAAGUUUGCAAAGGAUGGUUCACCUUUCAUGUAGAAGUGCUGUUUUGACUUGUUACUUUGAAUGCUGUGUGUUUUUUUUUAAUAUGAUUUUGUUUUCAUAUAAAUUUAGUUAUAUUUUUUUCUAAAACUUUUAGUGCUUGAGCUACCAAGAGAUAUGUUGCUGCCAAUUCUGUACUGCUAGGGUUUUGAUAAAGCCUGCAAAAGCUAGAAAAAAAUAAAUAUGAUUCAUUUUAUAUAGUUAUAUUUGCUAUGUAUUAUUUUCUCUUUCUUUUUUUUUAUUCGUUUUCUUCCUUGACAUGGCAACAUAUUGAUUUAAAUGAAUAAUUGUAAUUUUGUUUUACAUUUUAAGUUUGUGACUUGUUUUUUAAACUUGAUUUCACAACAAAAUAUUU